GGCAACGACCAGCCUGUCAGCCUCAGUUUGGUCCUCCCUGAAAUGAGGAGGUGGCGCUCAGGAGCUUCUUGGGUCUCUUCUCACCCUCGGUCUGUGCUCUCCUCAGAAAUAGCGGCCUCCUAUAUCACAGGAAGGAGGCCCAGGAGGAUCAAAGCUAAAAGUACCAGAAAGAAAAGGAAAGUAAAAGGACCCGGCUGAAGCCAGGGAGACCGGGAACACUUGGUGCGUGGCCUCUCCUCCAGCAGGACUCCAGACCUAGGGGACCAGGAAGUAAGACUCCAUUUCCCAGAAUGCCGUUGGAAUGACGUCUUCCAAGCCUUGGCACUCCCGUUAUGGAAGACUCCAUUUCCCAGAAUGCCUGGGUCCUGGCUUCACCCAAGUCUUGGCACCUCCCCCUGUGUAGUCCCAGUUCAGGCUUGGAAACUCUUGAGGGUAUGGAGUGUUCACAAGUUUGUGUUUUGGUUUUUGUCUUGAGAGAGGGUGGGGAGGGAAUCAUUGUAGAAGUUUCAGCCUGGCCUUCGGCUGUGGAGACUUUCUGCUCCCUAAUUCCUGGAGAGAAAGAAGAUCCGGGCGGACCAGUUGCGGGUAACAGCCUGAAAGUCCGGGUGGGAGUGGGGGAAGGGGGAAACUCGGAGCAGGUGCCGAGAGGCGGGGCAGGGGCGGUGUAAGUGUGUGUGGUGGGGGGGCGGCGGGGAGGAGGACGUCUCUGUAUCUCUGUGUCUGUUCAUCACUUUAAAGGACCAUAGGAAAGGGACUAAUACAGAAGUGUCCGUGUCAGGCGGGGGCGGCUAUGUCUAGACCAGGAUCCUUGGCGAGGCUUCGCCCUCCCCCCGAGAAGAGAAUGGGUUCCCCCCUUUCCCCCGCACCAGAGCCAGGAAGCGGCUGGGGGCAGGGGGGAGCAGUGAAAGGAGGGGUGCGGGGGUACAGCCACUCGAUAGGAGCGGCGCUGGUCUCGGCCCUUCCCACAGAGAUCCAAGGGGAGAAAGAGCCAACAUGAGCCUGGUUGGAGUGGGGGGGAUGCUCAUGCCCACACACUAUAGAAGGAGCUCUGAAUUCGGGCACGGAACAAAUACCAACAUGUUUCUCCCCCAACUCCCACCUGAUGUCCGUCUCUCUGUCCAGCAUCUCCUGCUCCCCCCAUUACCCAUAACCUCUCCUCCUAGGAGUCUCCCUCAAUCCACCUGUGCACCAAAUGCAGUUUAUGAAUUGAAUGAAGCCAGAGAGAGCAGCAGAGGGGGUGGGGAGGCUUCUUCCUGGCCAGUCCAAGGUCCUUUCCCAGCCUGAGGCUCCCUGUCCCCUCCUGUGGGGAGAGUCUCCUCUGAGCCCUCCCCCCCUCUAAUGCCCAACAGGUGUACAAGAGGAAGUCUGCCCACCUUGGGGCUCCCACUCCCUGAGGGACCACAGUCUGAGCCAAGCAGAGACCCUGGAGCUGGAGGGAAUCACCCACAAUCCCUAACUGUGUUGUGGGGUUUUCCAGGGCCUCUGAGGCCCCUGCCUGGUGAGGCAGCCCAGAUUCCAGACAGGCACAAGUUCAGUCAUUUAUUCAUCCACCCUCCAGUGGGACAAACUCCAUCAGAGGAGGAUGCCUGUGUGUCCUACCAUUCCAGGGAUGGCCCAAAGACAGUCUCUGCUCCUGACCUCCAGAUUCUGUGGUUUGGCCAGGUCAGUCAGGCCUGCCAGGGAGGCUUUGGAAGAAGUUUGGGGUGAGAUCAGGUGAGGGCACAGACAGGAAAAGGUGUGUUUUUAGUAGAAGAAAAAGGAUGGGAAUUCUGGGUGAGGGCUAAGAGGUCUGUUUUUCAAAUAUUAAACUAUCAGGAACUUGGAGUGCACUUAACAGACAGAAACUUUAUGUCUAUCCUUUACCUAUUAAAGUUAUUUACUUUGAACCUAACAGAAUUAUCUAACCUGUUGAUUUCUCAAUAUGUUUUGUUUUGUUUCCUUUAUUUUUUUAACUUUAAAAAAUUUUAUUUAGAAUAUUUUCUCAUGGUUAUAUGAUUUGUAUUCCCUCCCAGCCCUCUUCCCUCCCUUCUCCUGGAGCUGACAAACAAUUCCACUGGGUUGUACAUGUAUUAUUGCUCAAAACCUAUUUUCAUAUUAUUCAUAUUUGUAAUAGAGUGAUCUUUUAAAAAAUAAUUAAUAAAUUUUACAUCUUUUCCCAUAAGAUUCACUUUCUUUUCCUCCCCUCUUUCUUCCACCCCUCCCCCCCAGAGCCCACAAAUUGACUGAAUUGUACAAAUGUUGUCACUUAAUACCUAUUUCCAUAUUAUUCAUUUUUGCUAUAGAAUGUUUUUUUAAGGCCAAAUGUUUCCCUUUUGCAUUUUUACUCCCAUAGUUCUUUCUCUCAGGAUAGCAUUGUUUUACAUAAGUCCUUCAGGAGUGUCCUGGCUUCUGCAUUGCUGCUAGUAGCAAAGUCCAUUAUAUUGUAUUGUUCCACAAUGUUUUACUUUCUGUGUAUAAUGUUUUUCUGGUUCUGCUCAUUUCACUCUGCAUCAGUUCAUUGAGGUUCUCCCAGUUGCAUAUGAAAAGCCUCCAGUUCAUGAGGCCCUCUGAGGCCAUGUAUCUGGCCCCCACCCCACUUCCUGAAGGGGCACCUUUUUCAUUGGUGGUCAGUGAGAGGAGCACUGUAUGUGGCGGCACCUCAAAGUGAGUCAUCGCUCACACACAGUACUACUUCCAGUUACAUAAAACUUUGUAUGGCGCCUUAGAAGGAGGUGCCAUGCAGAGGAUUAUGUGGCUACACAAUGAAAGGCAUCAGCAUGGUGGGUGGUGAUCUGGGGGAGGGGAUUCCGCACUGUGUAUACUGCUGCCUGGUUACAGUUAGGGUUAGGAUUAGGUUUUUAUAGUCCAGUCCGCCAGCACUCUGAGGGACAGCAAACUGGACCACUGUGUAAAAAGUUUGGGGACCCCUGUUUUAGUUCAUCAAUCCACACAGCACAAUACUAUUCAAUUACCAUUAUAGACCAGAAUCUAUUCAGCCAUUCCCAAUGGUAGGACACCCCCUUGUUUUCCAAUUGUUUGCCACCACAAAACGCACAGCUAUAAAUAUUUUUAUACAAGUAUUUUUCAUUAUUACUUCUUUGGGAUACAUACCCAGGAAUGUUAUAGCUGGAUCAGAUGGCAUGUAAUCUUUUAAAGCCCUUUGGGCAUAAUUCCUCAUUGCCUUCCAGAUUGGUUGGAUCAAUUCACAACUCCACCAACAAUGUAUUAGUGUUCCAAUUUUACCACAUCUCCAAAAUUUAUUAUUUUCCUUUACUGUCAUAUUGGCCAAUUUGCUAGGUGUGAGAUGGUAUAUUCAGAAUUUUUUUGAUUUGCAUUUCUCUCAUUAGUAUAGAUUUAGAACACUUUUUCAAGUGGUUAUUGAUUGUUUUGAUUUCUUUAUCUGAGAACUGCCUAUUCAUGUCCCUUGACCAUUUGUCAAUUGGGGAAUUACUUGAUUUCUUGUACAGUAGACUUCUUUCCUUAUAUAUUUGGGAAAUUAGACCUUUUUCAGAGAGUUUUGUUAUAAAAACUUUUUCCCAGUUUGAUGCUUUCCUUCUAAUUUUGGUUCAGUAGUUUUGUUUGUACAAACCCUUUUAUUUUAAUAUAAUCAAAAUGAUUCAUUUUCUAUAUUUUAAUGUUCUCUAUUGUAAACUUUAAAAUUUCUUAGACUUAUGAAUGUUGGAAAUUUCCCCAUUGGGAAAUUUCAUACUGGAAAAAAUUUCCUACUGAUAGUAAGAACUCUAUUGGAAUGUGAAACCCCUUGGCAUGGGAGGAUCCUUCUCCUCCCUACUUAAGACUCCUUUAGGACAGAAACCUUUUGCUAAACAAUGGAAAGGGUUUUGACCUAUGCUUAAGCAUAGAACAGGAAGCUCUUUGAGUCAUGAUUGAUUUUAGAAUUGAUACAAUAGAGAUACUUGGAAUGACAGAACCAGGUCUUGGAAAAUACAAUCUCCACCCUACUUAGAGUAACAGGAUUUAGGAAGGGCUACAGCAAAGAUCAAGAUUUAAUUAUUUGAGAAUAUGACCUUCAACGGACAUGUGCAAAGCCACAGACCUCUGGGAGGUCCUGGGUUAAACUAGAGCCACCAUUGGCACAGGGGAGACAUGGACAGUGAUUGGUAGAUAUGAGAACUGAGGGGAGGGAACUUAGAUGGUUUCCUUAAAGAUAGCGGGGUCUGAGGACAGAGGGAGGAGAGUUUUUUGCUCUGAGAGGUUUUGCUCUGAGGAGGUUUUGCUCUGAAGGAGUCUGGAGGUGGAGGCCCCUGAGACUGUUUCUCCAUUUUGGUCACAUGAGUGAUAGGGACUGAUCUCUUUUCUUUGCCUCAGCUAUCUAAGCGCUUGGGCCUUUGGCCCGCCUAAGGAGAGGGGGUAUUUAAGUCCUAUUCCCUUCUCUCCUCUUUCUCUUUCUCUCUCUCUCUCUCUCUCUCUCUCUCUCUCUCUCUCUCUCUCUCUCUCUCUCUCUCUCUCUCUCUCUCUCUCUCUCAAAUACCUUUCUUCCUCCUGUUUGUAAUUAAAAACUCCAAAAGGUUGACGGCUGACUUGAGUUUUCAUUUAGGAAUUACAUAGCUGAAUGCCUUGGCAACCUUAAAUUAAUAUAUAUAUAUCAGUCUUUUAAAGUGAUUUCGAUAUCACACUAUCUCAUUUCAUCUUAAAUUCCUUCCUUUCACAUAGAUCUGUUAGGUAUCCUAUUAUAGAAUAGGAUUUUCCUCACUUAUUUAUGAUUUGACUCUUUUAUACAAGUCUUUUAUCCAUUUUGAAUUUAUCUUGGUGUAGGGUAUGACAUGUUGAUCUCAACCUAAUUUUUCUCAUACUGUUUCCCAGUUUUUCCAGAAGUUUUUCUCUAAUAGUGAGUUCUUAUCCCAAAAGCUGGAAUCUUUGGGUUUAUGGAACACUGGCUUACUGACGUCAUUUACCCCAAGUCUGUUCCAUUGAUCCACUGAUCCUUCUUUCUCUUAGCAAGGACCACAUUGUUGUGAUAAUCACUGCUACAUAGUACAGUUUAAGAUCUGAUACUGUUAGGCCACCAUUUUCCCCAUUUUUUCAUUAUUUUCCAUGAUAUUCUUGAUCUUUUGUUCUUCCAGAUGAAUGUGGUUAUAAUUUUUUUCUAAUCCUAUAAAAAAGUUUCUUGAAAACUUGAAAAAAGUUUUAUAGGUUUGGCACUGAAAAAAAUUAAUUUCUGUAGGAAUGUCAUUUUUAUUCUAUUAUCUCAUCCUACCCAUGAACAUGUUUAUUUCUUUUUCCCAUUUAGAAUGUUUUCAUAAUGUGUGAAACAAGUAUCAUUAUACAGCUCUAAUGCAGGACCAUUUGGAACUUUUUCUGAACAAGUAUCAUUAUACAGCUCUAAUGCAGGACCAUUUGGAACUUUUUCUGGUAGUGGAUUUUCAAUAAACUGUUUAAUUUAUUCCCAAAUCCUCAACAUUUCCUUUAUCUCACUUCUACUGAUUACUUCAUCCAUGUUGGGCUUCUCCCACAGGAGGAAGCUUGUGGUUCAAAUAUCCUCAUAAAUUAAAGCAAAAAAUCCCAAUUGUGACUGCUUGUAUCUCAAAUUGCUCAUUGUGGGGGUAAAAAGGGGAUUAUUUAUAAAAGGGUUUGACUUGAUUAUUAAGAUUGUGAUCACCAGGAUUUAAUUAAUUCCAAAGAGAUUUAUUUACAAAUUGUAGAAAGAGUGAAGUAAGAAAUCAGAAAGAGGAAAAGAUAAGAUAUUUAGCCUAAACACUAAGUAAUUUAUGUCUGGCCCCCUGACUCAACCCAGGCAGGAUAGUUUAGUCCUGAAUCGGAUAGGCCUCAGUGCUUGUAGCCCAGGACCUGAGGAAGUCUCUUCAGAAAAAUCCAGCAGUUAAGAGUCAGCUUUUCACUCACCCACCACAUGUCAGUCUAAGGAACAGGGUCUCAAGUCUAGUCAGCAGAUUCUUCUGCUCCUCUUCACCAGCCUCAAUUCAAAAGCAUGAAGAAUUGAAUUCCAUCAGGAAGUUGUCACUCCCUUUAAAAGAUAGUUUUCUCUUGUGUCACUUCCUGUGUCGUCCCCUAAUUUUACUUCUACCAAUCACAGUUGACACUCUGCUCUAGGAUUGCCCAGAAAGCAAGUCAGUCAAUUCUGAUUUGUCAUCCACUAUCUCACAUAUGGAUCUCAGACCUCCCACUCAAUGAUUAAGUGGGAUGUUUACACUUUUGGUGAUUAGAUCUAAAAAUGGGCAGAUCUCCAUGCUCAACUUUAAGUAGGAUGUUCUAAAAAUAGUCAGGGGUUACAAUUUAAUCUUCAAAAUCAGGAAAGAGUUAAUUUCAUUGUUAUAAUCAGGGGGCAUUUAAUCUUCACAUCAUGAUUUGAGGUGCUCAUGUAUCAAGGCACCAGUUUAUGUAUGUAGGUAGAUAGAUAGAUAAGAGUUUUAUCACAAGACAGAGCAUCAUCUAGACAUCUUAGGAAACAUUUACACAACAACAAAGCUGAUUGGUUAGUUCAUUUAGGAAUCCUCAUAUUUGUCCAAAAGGUUAAAUCAAAAGACAAUACCCUUGGGGGCAGCUGGGUGACUCAGUGGAUUGAGAGCCAGGCCUAGAGAUGGGAGGUCCUAGGUUCAAAUCUGGCCUCAGACACUUCCCAGCUGUGUGACCCUGAGCAAGUCACUUCACCCCCAUUGCUUGGCCCUUACCACUCUUCUGCCUUCAACAAGACGAAAGGUAAGGGUUUAAAAAAAAAGGCAAUACUCUUAUUUAGAGGAAAUAAUAAUGAUUAUUCUCUAAGACUCAUCUGAUCUGGGAGGAAGGAUGUUACUUGUGGUUUAUUACAAAAAGGGAAGCAUGUAGGCGUUUGAACCAUAUUGACAUGAAAAUCAGAGGGUCACAUCUUAUGACAAAGAGAAAUGUUUACUCUGUAACUAACAAGGGAGGGGCUGAAAAUCCACUUGCGAGCAGUUUUAUACUUUAGGAAAACAUAUAUUAGAGAUUCUUAUAAAAAUUAUGAAUUCUACUAAUUGAAAUUAAGACUAAGAUAGGAUUAUACUAGUCACUUUAGAAUCACAAUACUGAUUAUCUUAAACCAAUCACUAUCGCUAAAAUCCAAUCAAGUAUGAGGGAGUAGGGGGUCUGUCUUCUCAACACUAGUAAGAAAUGACAUUCAUCAUAAAAGCAAAAACAAGAUGUUUUGGCACAUCAUACCCAGUGUUUUGCUAAACUCAAUAUAACAACAAAAGCCUGCUAUACUUAAAUUAGCUAGAAUCAGAUUCUGAUCCCAUAUAACUCUGGAGUCCUCUUAAUGCUUUCACUUAGAUAAGAGUCUUUCAAACUUUUAGGAAAUUAAAUUUAAAAAAUCCUUUUUCAUGGUUUUCUCCUUAUUAAUCAUUGGUAAUAUUUUCCCUCAGAAUGCCCAGUAAUUGCUUCCUUCUCACAAACUUCCAAAAAAUGUUCUUACUAGAUGAAUUCUGACUUGUAAUGAGGAGGGAUUUCAGAUCACCUUCUCUCUUCUCCAUAGAAUCUCCUGCCUCCCUCAGAGAGCACAUACCCUCUCCCUUAUUCAAUACGGAAAAGCAUUUCAGAGUGAGACACUUUUACAGUCUUUACUCUCCCAACAUGAUUCUAACUUCAGACACAAAAUGCCUUUGUCAGUGUUCCACUGGACUCUGAAUGACUGGUCUCCAGAACUGGCUCUGAUACUCUUCAAGGUGAAGAGUUUGGGGGGUCAAUAACAUUCAAGGAUGUGGCUGUGGACUUCACCCAGGAAGAGUGGUGUCUGUUGGACCCUUUUCAGAAAGAGCUGAACAGGGAGGUGAUGCUGGAAAAUGUGCAGAAUCUACUCUCUGUGGGUGUGCAAAGAGGAAGUCUCCCCACCUUGGGGCUCCCACCUCCUGAGGGACUACAGUCUGGGCCAAGCAGAGACCCUGGAGCCAGAGGGAAUGGCCCCUGGGACCCUGAGGCCCCCUUCCCAGAAGCAGAGACUAAUUUUGAAGUGAAGGAGAUGUCUACAAAGCUGAGCCUUUUUGUGGAAGGAUCUGGCCCUCCAAGAGGCAAGAAUAAGGAUCCCUGUGACUUCAUUUUGAGGGAAAUCUGUGAUGCUAAAAUCAAGGUAAAUAAAAAUCCAAAGAGUGACUGUGAAUUUGAUGAAGAUCCAGAAAAAUACAACCAACAUUCAGUCCUAAAUCAGUAUGUGAAAUUGACCUCAGAAAAUUACUGUUGUCGGUUCAGUGAAUAUACCAAAUGCUUUCCUGAAAAAUUAGGAUUUAAUCAGUCACAUGAGAAGCGACCAGAAAUGCCCAUAUAUCAAGAUAACCUAGGGCAAAUUGUCUAUGGCUCAAGUUUAGAUCUCACAAAACAUCCAAAAAGUAAACAUGUAGAAAUACUUUCUAUGAGUAAUAAAGAUGGGAGACCUUUCAGUCAGAACUCUGAGUUUGGUUCCUAUGAAAUAAUCCACUCAGGAGAGAGACAUUAUCAACGUAAAGAAUAUGGAAAAGGCUUCACACAGAGGGUUCAUCUUGUUAGACAUCAGAGAAUCCACACUGGAGAGAAAUCUUAUGAAUGUUCACAGUGUGGAAAGACUUUCAAACACAGGGUGAAUCUUACUAUACAUCAGAGGAUUCACACUGGGGAGAAACCUUAUAAAUGUACACAGUGUGGAAAGGCUUUCACACAGAGGGGUCAUCUUGCUAAGCAUCAGAGAAUACACACUGGAGAGAAACCUUAUGAAUGUACACACUGUGGAAAGACUUUCAAACUGAGGAGUAAUCUUGCUAAGCAUCAGAGAAUCCACACUGGAGAGAAACUUUAUGAAUGUACACAGUGUGGAAAUGCUUUCACAAAGAGGAGCACACUUGCUGCACAUCAGAGAAUCCAUACUGGAGAAAAACCUUAUGAAUGUACAUAUUGUGGAAAGGCUUUCACACAGAGGAGCACACUUGCUGCACAUCAGAGAAUCCACACUGGACAGAAACCUUAUAAAUGUACACAGUGUGGAAAGGCUUUCACACAGAGGAUCACACUUGUUACACAUCAGAGAAUCCACACGGUAAAGAAACCUUAUGAAUGUACACAGUGUGGAAAGGCUUUCACAGAGAGUGGCUCUCUUGCUGCACAUCAGAGAAACCACAUUGGAAAGAAACCUUAUGAAUGUACACAGUGUGGAAAAGCUUUCACAGAGAGUAGCUCUCUUGCUAGGCAUCAGAAAAUCCACUCUGGAGAGAAACCUUAUGAAUGUACACAGUGUGGAAAGGCUUUUACACGGAGGGACCAUCUUUGUAAACAUCAGAGAAUUCACUCUGGACAGAAACCUUAUGAAUGUACACAGUGUGGAAAGGCUUUCACAGAUAAUGGCUCUCUUGCUGCACAUCAGAAAAUCCACUCUGGAGAGAAACCUUAUGAAUGUAGACAGUGUGGAAAGGCUUUCAAACAGAGGAGUCAUCUUGCUAAGCAUCAGGGAAUCCACACUGGAGAGAAACCUUAUGAAUGUACACAGUGUGGAAAGGCUUUCAAACAGAGGAGUAAUCUUGCUAAGCAUCAGAGAAUCCACACUGGAGAGAGACCUUAUGAAUGUACACAGUGUGGAAAGGCUUUCACAGAGAAUGGGUCUCUUGUUGCCCAUCAGAAAAUCCACUCUGGAGAGAAACCUUAUGAAUGUACACAAUGUGGAAAGGCUUUCAAACAAAGGAGUCAUCUUGCUAAGCAUCAGGGAAUCCACACUGGAGAGAAACCUUAUGAAUGUACACAGUGUGGAAAGGCUUUCAAACACAGGGUGAGUCUUACUAUACAUCAAAGGAUUCACACUGGAGAGAAACCUUAUGAAUGUACACAGUGUGGAAAGGCUUUCAAACAGAGGGGUAAUCUUGUUGCACAUCAGAGGAUCCACACUGGAGAAAAACCUUAUGAAUGUACACAGUGUGGAAAGGCUUUCACACGGAGGGACCAUCUUGUUAUACAUAAGAGAAUCCACACUGGAGAGAAACCUUAUGAAUGUACACAAUGUGGAAAGCCUUUCACACACAGCAUCAGUCUUGCUGCACAUCAGAGAAUCCACAGUGGAGAGAAACCUUAUGAAUGUACACAGUGUGGAAAGGCUUUCAAACACAGGGUGAGUCUUACUAUACAUCAGAGGAUUCACACUGGAGAGAAACCUUAUGAAUGUACACAGUGUGGAAAGGCUUUCAAACAGAGGGGUAAUCUUGUUGCACAUCAGAGAAUCCACACUGGAGAGAAACCUUAUGAAUGUACACAAUGUGGAAAGGCUUUCUCACGGAGGGACCAUCUUGUUAUACAUAAGAGAAUCCACACUGGAGAGAAACCUUAUGAAUGUAAUCAAAUUGGAGAGCCGUUCUCUUAAUGCUCCACAGUUGCUUCAUGUCAGAAAAAUUCCACUGAAGAGAAACCUCAUAAGUCAGGGUGAGCUUGUCUUGUCCACUCUUACCUUAUUUGACAUAAGAGAACCCACACUAGAGAGAAACUUUAGGAAUAUGAUCAGUGUGGUAAGGCCUUCAGGUAACAAUCAUCUCUUUUUUUCCAAGCGACAAUUACUUUUUGAUAGAAAUCUUAUUCCUGUCAUGAAUGAAGAAAGACAUUGAAAUGGAGAAUCCAGAGCUUUUUCAGUAGGAGAAAAUGUCUUCUGAACAGAUCAUUUCUAGAUCGAUUCCCUAUAGGAAGGCUUUCAGCCACAGAUUAUCUCCUAUUUCAUGUCAGAGGAUUCAUAGUACAACAAAACCUAAUGACUAUGCUCAAUUUUAUGUGUUUUCCUAUGGAGGAGGGUGAUCACUCUCAUUUGGAGAAGUGAAAAUGAUAAGUCUGAGAGGCCAGCCCCACAUGUAUUAGAUUGGUUAUUAUGACAGAAAAAGAAAGUGAGAAAGCAUGGAGGAGAUGUGAAAAGAUUGAAAAAGGAAUGAACUUCAGGGGUUAUUGUGAAAUAACUCAACAAUUUUGGAGAAGGCAAUUUGAACUAGGUCCAAAGGGCAUUUAAAAAAGGAAAAAGAUCUAUGUAUAUUAAAAAUACAAAACACUUAAGUAUUCUUUUGGGGGUGACAAAAAUAGAUCACUUCUCCAAUUUUUACAUAUGACAUGAGUUGUGAACUAUGAUGAGAAUCUUGGUUUUGUCAGUAUCACAGAUCCAUUGUGAGGUUUCAUUGUUAUUGUAUGGGAAAGUAUUUCUAAAAUCUCCCAUCUUGCAGUCAUGACCAAAUGGUGUAUCCAAAGCCCGGUUCUGCUAAUUUAAAUUUGAAAACUCCUUUUGGCCUUGGAAAAUCAAAUAAAAAUUAAUUUACUUAUUGCCAUUAGUGGAAAGAACUUAUAUUCCAUGUGUGUAUGUCCCUUUUUGUUUUGUGCUCAUGUCAUUAUUUUUUUCUUCAGAAGCAGAGACUAAUUUUGAAGUGAAGGAGAUGUCUACAUAGCUGAGCCUUUUUGUGGAAGGAUCUGGCCCUCCAAGAGGCAAGAAUAAGUGUCCCUAUGACUUCAUUUUGAGAGAAAUCUGUGAUGCUAAUAUCAAGGUAAAUAAAAAUCCAAAGAGUGACUGAAUUUGAUGAAGAUACAAAGAAAUGUAACCAACAUUGUCCUAAUUCAGUAUAGAAAAUUGACCUCAGGAAAUGACUGUUUUCUCAAUAGUGAAUACAUCAAAUGCUUUCCUAAAAAGUAGUAUUUAAUCAGUCACAUGAGAGACCUGAAAUGCCCAUGUAUGAAGGUUCAAUCGCCUAUGGCUCAAGUUUAGAUCUCAUGCAACAUCCAAAAAGUAAAAAAUGUAAAGAUGCUUUCUAUGAGUAAUAAAGGUGGGAGACCUUUCAGGCAGCACUCUGAGUUUGGUUCCUAUGAAAUAAUUCACUCUGGAGAGAGACAUUAUCAACGUAAAUUAUAUGGAAAAGGCUUCACACAGGGAUCAUCAGAGAAUCCACACUGGAGAGAAACCUUAUGAAUGUGCACUGUGGAAAGCCUUUCACACAAAGGGCUAACAUUACUGCACAUCAGAGAAUCCACAGUGGAGAGAAACCUUAUGAAUGUACACAGUGGAAAGGCUUUCACAGAGAGCAGCUUUCUUGCUAAGCAUCAGAGAAUCAAUACUGGAGAGAAACCUUAUGAAUAUACACAAUGUGGAAAGGGUUUCUCACAGAGGGGUAAUCUUGCUGUACAUAAGAGAAUCCAUGCUCCAUAGAAACCUAAUGAAUAUAUAGUGUGGAAAAGCUUUCAUACACAGGGUGAGUCUUACUGUACAUCAGAGAAUUCACACUGCACAGAAACCUUAUGAAUGUACACAAGCCUUUCAAACAAAGACAUGAUCUUGCUGUAUAUCAGAGAAUGUACACUGGAGAGAAACCUAAUGAAUGUACACAGUGUGAAAAUCCUUUCACACAGAGGGGUAAUCUUGCUGUACAUCAGAAAACCACAUUGGAAAGAAACCUUAUGAACGUACUCGGUGUGGAAAGCUUUCCACACAGAGGAGUAAUCUUGUUAAACAUCAGAGAAACCUUAUGAAUGUACACAGCGUGGAAAGCCUUUCACACAGAGGAGUAAUCUUGUUAGACAUCAGAGAAUCCACAGUGGAGAAAAACUUCAUGAAUGUACAGUGUGGAAAGGCUUUCAUACGGAGGAACCAUCUUACUACACAUCAGAUCAUCCAUCCUGGACAGAAACCUUAUGAAUGUACACAGUGUGGAAAGCCUUUCACACACAGCAUCAGUCUUGCUGCACAUCAGAGAAACCACAGUGGAAAGAAACCUUAUGAAUGUACACAGUGUGGAAAGGCUUUCACAAGGAGGGGUCAUCCUGUUAUACAUCAGAGAAUUCACACUGGAAAGAAACCUUAUGGAUGUAAUCAAAUUGGAGAACCAUUCUCUUAAUUUUCCACAGUUGCUUCAUGUCAGAAAAUCGCCAUUGGAGAGACCUCAUGAGUCAGACUGAGUUUAUGGUUGCCACUCUUACCUUAUUUAACAUAAGAGAAUCCACACUAGAGAAAAAUUUUAGGAAUAUGAUCAGUGUGGUAAGGCCUCCAGGCAACAAUCAUCUCUUAUUUCCAAGGGAAAAUUCCUUUUUGAUAGAAAUCUCCUUCCUGUGUUGAAUGAAGAAAGACAUUGAAAUGGAGAAUCCAGAGCUUUUUCAGUAGGAGAAAAUAUCUUCUGAACAAAUCAUUUCUAGAUGGAUUCCCUCUAGGAAGGCUUUCAACCAGCGACCGUCUCUUAUUUCAUGUCAGAGGAUUCAUAGUACAACAAAACCUAAUGACUAUGCUCAAUUUUAUGUGUUUUCCUGAGGAGGAGGGUGAUCACUGUCAUUUGGAGAAAUGAAAAUGAUAAGUUUGAGAGGCCAGCCCCACAUGUAUUAGAUUGGUUAUUAUGACAGAAAUGGAAAGUGAGAAAACAUGGAGGAGUUGUUUGAAAAUUGAAAAAGGAAUGAACUUUUGGGGUUGUGAACUAAUUCAACCAUUCUGGAGAAGGCAAUUUGAAGUAUGUCCAAAGCACAUUAAAAAACAAAAAGGGAAAAGAUCUAUAUACAUUAAAAAUAUAAAACAUUUAAGGAUACUCUUUUGGGGGUGACAGAAAUACAGGAAAUUAAGAGGAAUCUCAUCCAUUGGGCAAUGGCUGAGCAAAUGGUAGCACAAGAUUGUAAUAGAAUCCUACUUUGUCAUUAGUGAGGAGGAGGAACUCAGAAAAACCUAGAAUGACUUGACAACUGAUACAGACUUUUUAAUUUAAUAUAAUCAAAAUUAUUCAUUUUACAUUUUGUAAUGUUCCCUUUCUCUUGUUUGGUUUUAAAUUUCCUUCCUUUCCCAUAGAUCUGACAUAUGCUAUUUCACGUUCCUCUAAUUUACUUAUAUCACUCUUCAUGUUUAAGUCAUAUACUCAUUGUGAAUUUAUCUUGGUAUUAGGUAUGAGAAAUUAAUCUAAACCUAAUUUUCCCAUACUGUUUUUCAAUUUUCCCAGCAGUUUUUGUCAAAUAGUGAGUUCGUGUCCCCAAAGCUGGGGUCUUUGGGCUUAUGGAACACUAGCUUGCUGAGGUCAUUUACCCCUAGUCUAUUCCACUGAUCCACCCUUCUGUCUUUUAGCCAGUACCAUAUUGUUUUCAUGUUCAGUGUAUUUUAGUUCAGUUUAAGAUCCAGUAGUGCUAGGUGCCCACACUUCACAUUUUUUUUAUUAGUUCCCUUGGUUUUCUUGACUUUUUGUUCUUCCAGAUGAAUUUUGUUAUUUUUUUCUAAUUAAAAAAAAAAGGGUUUUUGGUAGUUUGAUAGAUAUAGUAGUGAAUAAUCAAAUUAAAUUGGGUAGGAUUAUAAUUUUUAUUAUAUUAGCUCAUCCUACCUAUGAACAAUUAAUGUUUUUCCAAUUGUUUAGACCUAGUUUUAUUUGUGUGAAAAGUGUUUUGUAGUUGUGUUCAUAUGAUUCCCGUGUUUUUCUUGGCAAAAAGAUUCUCAAAUAUUUUAUAUUGUCUAGAGUGAUUGUAAAUGGAGUUUCUCUUCCUACCUCUUGCUGCUGAUUUUUGUUGGCAUUUUUACUCCUAACUGGGAGGGGAAGGAAGGUUACUCUUCCAAACAUCUUAACUUUAGCCAGUGCACACUAAGAUAGUGCCCGCUAUUGACAGGAAGUAGAUUUGCAAGGAUGGGCUACUCUGGAAGAGCAGAGACUCACCAAAGUUUUAGGAUGUCUUUUAUUGCUGCUAAUCCUAGCUGUACUGACUGGAUACCUUGCUGCCAGUUUGUAUAAUCUCAAGAUUUAGAGGAGAGAGUCCUCUCCCUACACCCCUUUGCCAUUGUUGCCUGCCCAGUCUCUGCAACACAUCCAAUAUAGGGUUCAUCCACACUAUGCCCAGUGUAGGAAUGAGGAACUCCAGAAGUGUGACCUGUUGAGAGAGUUUUUCUUAAUUUCUCCCUUUUUAUAUUUAAGAGGUAAGGGAGCAAAAAGAUUUCUAAGUUAAGAGACCCUCUGCUGUGCAAAUGGUCAGUUUUUGAUAGAGAGUGUGGCUGAGAGUUAGUUACAGCUGGCUGUUGGAAAAGGACCUUUUGGGCUCUGGUUCUCUAGGGUAGAGGAUUGUGUGGCUCACUCUUUCUGGGACUGUUGAAGCCUGAGAAACAGAUUUAAGGCCUUAUUGAUUAUUAUUAUUAAAUUUUAUUUAAUUAUUUAAUUUAGAAUAUUUUUUCCCAUUGUUCCAUGAUUCAUGUUCUUUCCCUCCCCUCCUCCUACCCACCUUGAAGCCUAUGCACAAUUCCACUGAGUUUUACUUGUGUCAUUGAUCAAGACCUAUUUCCAUAUUAUUAAUAUUUGCUCUAGGGUGACCGUUUAGAGUCUACAUCCCCAAUCCUAUCUCCAUUGACCCAUGUGAUCAAGCAGUUGUUUUUCUUCUGCGUUUCUGCUCCCACAGUUCUUCCUCUGGAUGUGGAUAGUGUUCUUUCUCAUCAGUCCCUCAGAAUUGUCCUGGAUCAUUGCAUUGCAGCUAGUAGAGAAGUCUGUUCUAUUUGAUUGUGCCACAGUGUAUCAGUCUCUGUGUAUAGUGUUCUCCUAGUUCUUCUCCUUUCACUCUGCAUCAGUUACUGGAGGUCAUUCCAGUUCACAUGGAAUUCCUCUAGUUCAUUAUUCCUUUCAGCACAAUUGUGUUCCAUCACCAACAAAUGCCACAAUUUGUUCAGCCAUUCCCUAAUUGAAGGGCAUCCCUUCAUUUUCCAAUUUUUUGCCAUUACAAAGAGCGCAGCUAUGAAUAUUCUUGUACAGGUCUUUUUCCUUAUUAUCUCUUUGGGGGUACAAACCCAGCAGUCCUAUGGCUGGAUGAAAGGGCAGACAGUCUUUUAGGGCCCUUUGGAUAUAGUUCUAAAUUGCCUUCCAGAAUGGUUGAAUCAAUUCACAACUCCUCCAGCAAUGCAUUAAUGUCCCAAUUUUGACACAUCCCCUCUAGCAUUCAUGAGUUUCCUUUGCUAUCAUGUUAGCCAAUCUGCAAGGUGUGAGGUGGUUCCUCAGUUGUUUUUAUUUGCAUUUCUCUGAUUAUAAGAGAUUUAGAACAUCUUUUCAAGUGUUUAUUAAUAGUUUUGAUGUCAUUAUCUGAAAAUUGCCUAUUCAUGUCCCUUGACCACUUGUCAAUUAGGGAAUGGCUUGAUUUUUUUGUACAAUUGAUAUAGCUUCUCAUAAAUUUGAGUAAUUAGACCUUUGUCAAAGGUUUUUUGUUAUAAAGAUUUUUCCCAGUUUGAUGCAAAAGAGAGUUCUUCAUUCUUUGAAGUGAAGACUGAAGAAGAAUCUGAUAACUGAACCUGAGACCCUGUUCCUGAUGAGGCUGUUCUUAAAUCCCUUUCUUUGGGCUGACAUGUGGUGAGUGAAAAAGCUCAUUCUUAACUGAUGAAUUUUUUUGAAGAGACUAACCUUAGGAGAAACCUAUCCUCUUGAGAGAGACUUGCAAAGGGUCCAUGGAUUUGCCAGGGCCAACUGAAACUAAUUCUCCCUGUCUGGGUUGAGUCAGGGGCCAGGAGUAAAUUACUUAGUACUUAGGCUAGAUAUCUUACCCUAUCCUCUCUCUUGACUUUCUUACUUCACUCUUUCUAUAUUUUGUAAAUAAAUUGUAAAUAAAUUUCUUUGGAAUUAAUUAAAUUCCUGGUGACCCUAUUUUAAAAUAUAAUUCAGUCAUAUCUUUUGUAAAAUAACCCCUUUUCACCCUUUACAUUUUAUUUGGCGACCAUGAAGGGAUGAGAAAACUCAUAUGUUAAGACACAGGACUCCUUGUGGAAUAAUUUAUAUCAAAGUACCUAAGAGUCGGCUGUUCUGGCUCCCCUAUCCCUGAGAAAUGAUGAAAGUUCAAACCAGGGAAUGAUACUUCCCUUUUACACAAAAAUCUAGUUUUUUUCUCUCUUAUAUUAUGGCAAUCAGAGGGAAUGAGAAAAAACUCUCAAAAUUUUUAAGAAAGCCUAGAUAAAAAUUUUUAAGCCACAUUUCUCAUGACAAGGUUUUGCACCCACCCACCCACCCUGAGAGAACUCUGCUGAUUUUUUUUCUUUCCCUACUUUUUGCCUGGUCACUCUCCCUACAGGCUGGGCUACUUUUCGCCAGGGGACUCUUGGAGAAGAGGAGAUAAGUCACUUCUCUCACCCAUUUGUUUGAGCCCAUGUUCCUCAGUUCCUCACUGCUGCCUCUGGCAUUGCUGAUACUGCUUCCUCCUGAUCUCUGGCCCCAACCCCGUUUGCUCAUCCAGCCCCAACCCCAGUCCCAGGUCCCAAACUGCUGGUAGCUGCUACUGUAUCUUAAGAACUUACAAACUUGGAGCCGCUCUCUGGGCAACUGGUAAAAACCCAAGGUGUAUUUUCCUUAGGCAAUGAUUAGCCUCCUAACUCCCUCUCCACGUGGCUAGAGAAACAAACUGAUUCCUAGAAUUUUACCUAAGGGGGAAGGGGAAGGGAAGAAGGAAGUUAGUCUUCCAAACAGGAAGUAAAUUGCCAGCAUGGCAUACUCGAUGAAAGAGCAGUACCUUGCCUAUUUCAAACAGCUUUUAUCACUCAUGAGUGCACUGAUCCUUUCACUUAUCUUGCCUGAGAUUCAGGGGAGAAAUUCUUCUCCCUACAACCCUUUUCCCUUUGGGCCUGCCUAGUCUAUAAGAUUCAUCCAAUUUGGGAUUCCUUCAGACUAUGCUUAGCAAGGAGUUCUCCCUCGCUAUGGGAGAUCCAAGAAUUCUGACAAAAGGAAUCUGAAUGGAUAGAGAAAGGAACUUUAGAGUUUGGAGGUGAAAAUAUUAAGCCUUUUUCAGAAUCCAUUGUUUUAUGAAAGUCUCUUUAUUUUACUGUAUUUUGUUGAUUGUCUUAUUUAAGAUUUAAUUUUGUUGUUUUAAGUUCAUAUAUUAAUGUAUUUAAUACUAUUCUGAUACACUGAAUCAGUUUAAUCUACUAUUUUUUAACUAUUAGAUUUAUUCUGUUACCUUUCCCCUAUGACUACUGAAAAAAUAUUAUAAAAUCCCAUAAACAGCUUUUUUUUUCCAUUUUGCAUUUAAUUGUCACAUAGAUGAUGGAUGUACUCAAACUGGCCAACAACCUUUGGAGAAUUUAAUGACCUAAGAAUAUAAGUGGUAAUUCUAAGGCGUCUUCAGAAGUAAUUUUAAUUAACUAGUAGUUUCCAAUUGGAUGAUUUUUAAAAAAACAUUUAUAUUAUAAGGAACGUUAUAUUAAAGGUAGAGAAACAAAGAAAUGUUCCUACUGUUAAAUUUAAAUUGUGGUUGGACUCUGAAUAUUUAUAUAGGUCACCAUGGAUUUAAUUUCUAAAUCCCAACAUGAAUUACUAAAGGUAGAAAUUCUAAGGCCCAAAUUAGGGAAAAGAGUCUCAAGACAAUGGGCCUUUCUCACAGGCUUACACCUCCGAGAAAGGCAGGGUUACUAAGUCAGCCUUUCACUCACCAAUGGUGACCAUCUAAAAGGAAAGCAUUCUGAGGUCUCUUGCACAAGCUCCUCCAGGGUCCAGUUACUCUUCCAGUCUCUCCUCAAGUGUCUGUUCUCCAGUCGAACUCCAAGUCAGAGUUCUUCCAUCUAUCUUUUCGAAUCCCUUCCAUGGUCCUCUUUUUAAAAAUCUUUUUCUUGUGUCACUUUCCCUAAAUUUCACAUCUACAAAUCACAGCAGAUGCUCCUCUCCACGAUUGCCCACUCUUUACUUCACACCUUCUUUGGUUAGAUUAUAAUUUUUUUUGUUAGUUCACCUUUUGUAGUUAGUUAACACCUUUUUGUAGUUAAAAAUUGUAGUUCUACUUAAAAUACUGAGUUAUCACCUUUUGGGGAUUAAGAUCUAAAAAUAGAUUGUGCAUUACAAUUCAAUCUUCCCAAUAAAGGAAGAUCUAAAUACCUUCAUUGUUACAAUCAAGGGAUUACAAUUUAAUCUUCACAAUAAAGAAGAGCUAAGUAUCUUUAUGGUUACAAUCAGGGGAGAGCUAAAUCCAAUCUUCACACUACCAAGGUGUUUCUGUGAAGCAGGAAGCCAAAAAGAGCUCCUGCAAUACUCUUCAGUUUAAUUUACUUCCACCAGAAUAAUCUAGAUUUUUGGUGAUGCUCUAGACCCAAAUAAGUUUUACUUUGUUUAAAAAUAUAUUUGCCAAGGUUGAAAGAUUUGCUACAUAUAUAAAAAUUGUGACAAAUAUCCAUCAGUUCAUACGUUUUUUUAUGUCAUAUCACAAAUUAUAUGAAAUAUGAUAGUGGGUUUGUUUGCUAUUGUAAUUAACUGGGCUAUUGUGAAUUUUGGAGACUUUGGUACUUCCUUGAUUGUGUGUUAUCUAUUGUAUUACUGUUUUAUUCUGAAAAUCAUAAUAUACCUACACCAUGCUUCAUGGCCAAGUUAAAAAGGAAAUGGAUCUCAUUUUUGGUGAGAAACCUUUGUAUUGUGUCACUGAUUAUAAGCUAUAUAUUUUUGAUUUUUAAAACUUUUAAAUUGUUUUUCUUUGAUGUGCAAUAUAGUAUGAGUUUUAUUUUUCCUCUCCUUUUUGUAUUUGAAGCACAUGUCAACAGUUGUAUUGAGAAGAUUUUUCUUUAAUUAUUUUUUGAUUUUGCAGUAAUACAAGUUUAAAAUACAUUUGCCCUAAUAUCAAUGGAUACCCCAAAAACUUUAAACCAUAAAAAUGAUUCCAUUGAUUGUUUAAAAAAAUUAUGGGACUUUGCUUAAUGAUUCUGUUUGAUUCCAGGAGAAGAAAAUACAAAAAGAGCCAUUGCACAAUGCCAAAGAAGCACAAAGCUAAACUGCAUAGUGCCGAUUGAGCACAAGGUCAAAGAGACCAACCAAUUUCAAUGGGAUUAAUGAAAUUUUGAAUCAACCACAAGAGGACUUGAAGUUGUUUGGGGUUUGAGGUUGCGGCUGUUUUUACAUAUGUCAAAGGCAGGUCUUCUUUGUCCCACAUUCUACCAAGUAUCUCAAAUUUGGCUCCUACCUGGCUCCUAUAAUAUAGUCCUUAUUUGUCUUUCAUUGUGUGGCAAAAACUUUCUGUAAUCCUGGCUGCUGGCUGGGAAAGUGCAUAAUUACAUUCAAGGACCUAUUAUAGGUUUAUUUUCCUUUACUUAGAAUUUUUUCACAUAAUAUUUUAAUUGUCUAUAUUUCAUCCAAAAGUUAUCUUUUCACUCUUCUUUUUGGUUUUCAUUUCUCUAACCAACUGAAUCAUAUACCUCAUAACUCAGCCGUACAUUCCCAAGUGAUCCCUGCGUUUUUCAACACCCUCUUCAGGGGGAUGUAUUAUUAUUAUUAUUAUAAAUUGCAAAGUUUAAAUUCCUUUUGAGAGUAAUUUUAGCAUAAAAAACGUGCUACCUCUCUGAAUCCAGAAAGUGAACUGUUUGGAGAAGACACCACGAAGAUGCCUACAAAGACAACACACUGCCCCAGAGGAUCCAGAGUGACCUUUGGGAUGUGGUGAUUUGAACUGUGUGGGGUUGAAUGCAUUUGUUUUGUAUGUAUACUCUUUUGCUGAAGGGGACUGUCUCCUAACUGGCUUUUUGUCAAUGUGCCUAACAAUCAUUGGUUUUGCUCUCUUUUCCUUUUGUCCUCCAAUUAUUCUAAUUUCAAAGUUGGUUAUGUUGACAAGCUCCAUUGGAGAGACUAGUCUUCCACGGAUCUUGGGGGGGAGGGGAAUGUAUAAUUGAAAAUCUAUUCCCAAGAAAAGAAUUACAUUUCCCAGGAGCACAUGAACUUCCUGUCAUUAUGUACUUCCUGUAGACAGGGGAUAUUAAGCAGGGACCUACUCUCUUUUGCUUGCAGGAAGCAUGGUGGAGAUAGUAAGGUGGGGGUUUUGAACUGGCUGAUCAGCCAUGGACACGUGGUCUUUAAUUUUGUAUCUCUUUAUUCCUUUAUUUCUUAUGAUCCCUAAUAAAUCUAAAAUAUAAUAUUUUUAAAAUUGAGAUUUAAUUUUAACUAUUACGCUUGGAACAAAUACAUGGUAUUGAUUCCAAGACAAAGGUAAGGGCUUAAAGAAGAAUAUUAAGAAUUAAAAUGUAUAUACUGCCUGUCAUAUACAAAGCAGAAUAGUAGACUUCUUAGGUGGCAAUAUUUCUGUAUUCCCCUUUAGACAAGUGAAAUCACACAGGUAAAUUUCACAGCCUGCCUGAAUCAUUAUAUUUGCCAGCAUUCUGGAUGAAAUAUAGAUUGUCAAAGUAUCAUGUGUAAAAAUUCUAAGUAAAAGAAAAAUAAGUUUAUAACAGAUCCUUGAAUCAGGGCCCAAUUAAAGUAAUUUCUUAUUCCACAAGUCUGUAGGACAAGAUGAGUAAUAUUUCACUUACCCAUUUGCAGCCAAGACUACAGGAAGUUGCCCUACUAUAAGAGAGAAAAGGAACUAGAUUAUAGGAGCAAAUGGGAGCCAGGAUGGAGCCAAAAAUCGAUGUCGUGUAUUUUAUAUAUGAGUUGUGGUACAAAGAAGACCUGCAUUUAACACAUGUUAAAUAGCCACAACCUCGAGUCUCACACAUGACCAAGUCCUUGCACUCUUUGUGCAGAAUUUCAUCAAUCCACGUAGGACUGGUUUGGUCUCUUUGACCUUGUGCUUGAUUGGCACUAUUGUCAAGAUGAUUUUAGGGUUGUGAUUUAAAAUCUAGAUUUAAUUGGUCACCGGGGAAAAUCCCAAAUAAAAUACCCAAAUCAGUCUGGAAAUUUAUGGUAAUUUAAUUACUAUAGAGGGAAGGAAUUUAAGGAGAAGGAGGGAAGAGGAUAUAGGAUUCCUCCUGCUUGGCCUGUGCCAGGGGAAGUUUAAAAUUCCCGCCUCUAGGUCUCUGAAGAAGAUUGGAGGCUUCUAAUGGGAUAAAGUUGGAAAAGUAAAGGAGGAAACUCAGCCACCAAACCAGACAAAUAGCUUGUAGCCACGCUGCUCUCAGCUAACUCUCCAUUGCCAAUAAGGUGCAGGAGAGAGCAAAAAACCCAGAUAUAUAGACCUUUCACCCUUGUGUCUCCUCAUCUAAAUUUUCACGUCUACCAAUCAUAUCAAAGGCUUUUCUCCAGGAUUUCCUAUACUUUUAGUUCUCAUCUUCUUUGCUUUGAUUAUAUCUUUAGAAUUACUUAACAUUUCUUUGUUAAGUUAACCUUUUGUGAGUUACUUGAUCUUUUUGGGAUUAAUUUAACCUUUGUAGUCACUUAACACCUUUUUGUAUUAAGAUAUAAAAAUAGACUUGGCUUAAACUUCUAUCUUCACUAUAAGGUGAGAAUUAAGUACCUUCAUUGUUACAAUCAAUGGAGAGCUAAAUCCAAUCUUCACAAACUGAUGGAGUGAAAGGAGAAGAACCAGAAGAACAAUGUACAGAGACUGAUACACUGUGGUACAAUUGAAUGUAAUGGAUUUCUUAAGUAUUAGCAGUGCAAUGAACCAGAACAAUUAGGAGGGAUUCAUGAGAAAAAACACUAUCCAUAUUCAGGGGAAAAACUGUGGGAACAGAAACACAGGAAAAAAAAACUGCUUGAUCACAUGUGUUGAUGGAGAUAUGAUUGGGAUAUAGACUCUAAAUGAUCACCCUAGUGCAAACACAACAAUGUGGAAAUAGGUUUUGAUCAAGGACACAUGUAAAGCCCAAUGGAAUUGUAUGUCAGCUAUGGGAGGGGUGGGGGGAGGGGAGGGAAAGAGCAUUACUCUUUAACCAAAGAAAAAAAUUCUAAAUUGACUAACUAAAAUUAAAAAAAUUAAAAAACAAAACAAAGGAAAAAUAAAGUUCCUUUAUCUGUUCAGAUUCCUUUUGUCAGAACUGUGCUAUUUCCUGUAGUGAGGGAGAACAUGGGUUUGAGGAAUCUCAAACUGGAUGAAUCUUAGAGAAUGGGCAGGCCCAAGUGGCAAAGGGUUGAAGGGAGAUGAAUUUCUCCCCUGAAUCUCAGGCAAGAUAAGUGGAAGGAUCAGUGCACUCAUGAAUGGUAGAAAUUGUUUGAAAUAGGCAAGCUACUGCUCUUUUGUAGAGUACACCAUGCUUAUAAUCUUACUUCCUGUUUGGAAGACUAAUUUCCUUCUCCUUUCCUUUCCCCCCUGAGGUAAAACACUAGCCCAGAGAGUGGCUCCAAGAACUCCUAGCUUCUCAGUAGCAGCAAGCAGCAACCUGGCAGGAUUAGUAACAGGGGCAGCUACCAGGGCUGGGGGGGGGGGGCUGGAACAGGAGGAUGAGUGACUGGGAUCAAGAAGGUCAGGUUGUCCCCUCCUGGGACAACCCAGGAGGCUAGAUCACCAGCAGACUGUUAAGAUUAAAAUUUUGGGGUUUAAGCUAUGGCAGGUAAAAAUUAGUUUCUCUGUCAAGGAGUAUUAUAUUUUUAGAGUUUUAUUUAACAUUAAGAACUUAAGAAGAUACAAGUAAGAAAGGCAUGUGUCUAGGCCCAGAGAGCCCAUUCACAACCACUCACAUCUUGCCUGCUAGGUAGAGAGAUGCGUCUGCUUGGAAGUGGAAAUAGGAAAGAGACUCAGUAGGCUUUUACAACCAGUUAAAUAGAACUUUUGAUCCCACCUGGGUGAGGAUUUCAGUGAGAUUACAAAGCAUCCUGGGAAGUGUCCAAGGACUUCUGGGGAUUGAUGUACCAGGUUCAAGUCUCCAUUUUUACAAGUAGCAGAAGAAUGAGUAAGAAGAAGGCUCCUGGAAUUAGUAGCUGGAGUGAGUGAAAUCAGGAGCAGUCAUGCCAGAGGCAGCAGUGAGGAACUGAGGAACAUGGGCUCAAGCAGAUAGGCAAGAGAAAUGGCUUAUCUCUUCUUAAUCAAAAGUCCCGGGAUAAGUCCUUCAAACUAAUGCAGCCAGGCCAGUAAGGCUACUGGGCAAAAAGUAGAGAAAGAGGAAGUAGAGAGUUUGUUGUUCUCAAGGGUGGAUGGGUGGGCGAAUUAUUUUUUUUUUUUGGCAGGAGAAAUGUGGCUUUAAAAAUUUUUAUACUAGACUAUCUUAAAAAAAAUUGAGAAUUCUUUUCACCAAGUGGUUGCCAUCACUGCAAAAAUUAAAAUUAGUCUCAAUAAUAAACAUUUUGUUUUAGGAGAUUUGUUUAAAGGAUCAUUAGGAAUAAAGGAAUGAGGGAUACAAAUUAAGUCCAUGUGCCCAUGGCUGAUUAAUUUCAAAAUCCCCAUGCUUAACUUACCACCUCCACCAUGCUGGUUGCAAGCCCAAGAAAGAGAGAAGGGCAGGACCACCCACUCAAUAUUUAUCCCCUCUCUACAGGAAGUAUGUAAUGACAGGAAGUCAGUGGACUCCCAGGAAAUGUAGUUCUUUCUUAGGGUAACAGAUUUUUCAAUUAUACACCCCUAGGGGUAAAACAACAGCUUGCUUCCCCUGCCCCAUUGACAGGGAGUUAAGAGUGUAGAAGCUCUCUUGCCUAAGGGAAACACAUCUGGGCUUCCAAGGCAAACAGUGAGUAAACAACAUCUGUUGGCAAUGCAAUGAAAAGAGGGAUCUGCACUUUUUAAACCUCCCAAGAGUGUCUCCAAUCAGCAGGAUCAACAGCAACAGCAGCUGGAGGAACAGGAGCAGGAGCAGCAGCAAUGCUGGGAAUGAAGAGAAUCCUUUGGAAGGGGGAAAGGGCAAAAAGCCAUGGGAGGAAAAGUGGUUUCUUUUCAAACUAAUCUAGUCAGAGAGAAUUAAGGGUUUUGGACCCCACUUCUGGUCAGGAUAAACAGAGGAUUUAAAUUAAUGUGUAAUACUUCAAGUAUUAUAUUUAUAGAGUUCAUUAUCUGACAAAAGAGAACCACAUGACUAAGUUUUUAUACCUGUUCAAAAUGCCUGCUCCAUCAACGUCUCCACAGGAAGGAAAGAGAGGUCAAGAAACAGAACUCCACCAAAUUUAUCUCCUGUAUAUGUCAGCACAUAAAUACAGGAAGAGAGUAGGGUACUGGUGUAAUUGAUGAUAUGGCAAUACCAAAUGGAUCUGCAGAAAAAGCAAGAAGCUUAAAACUCUUGGAAUGUCAAUCAUUGGAGGAAGGGCAAAGGAGGAGUGACAGUGUUCCAAUGGAAUCUUGAAGGGGGCAGUUAGGAAAGUCCAGUUGCUUGAACUUCACUUCCUUCUCUGGCUAUUGGAUGAGCAGGUGGAAGACAAACUCUCUCUUUGGUUAUUGCUUAUUCAUAAGACUGAAUGCUGAGAAGACUCUUGGGUUGAACCCAAAAGAAACCUGCUAGCAUUUGUUAUCAACAAAUAUCUUUCCCUUAGGGAGAGAUAAUUUUGUUUCCUGAAUUUGAAUACAUCUUGAACUCUUCAAUCAACAGGGAUAACUUAGAAAAUAUAGGGAGACCUAUUUUCCUCUCACCCCCACCCUCUACUUACCUCCUCUACCCAAAAGAAUAAAAGACCUCUUAGUUAAAAGAUUUGAUUUGUGAGAUUUAGUUAUUAGGGGAAGUCUUCAAGCUUACCAUUUCUGAGAAGAACAUUUCAAGACAGUUGAAAGGGAACAGGAAGUAGUGUAAGAGGAGGAGCCCAAGACUCAAGUCAUUCCCCUAGUUUGUUUCCUGGUGUUACUGCUCUAACACUUCCUUAUUACCAUAAUUCCCCUAAUAGUGGCAUAUACUACACUGGGAAUUGUAGUUUUUCUGGGGAUAGUAGUUUUGCUGGAGAUCAUAGUUUUUAGGGCAACAGAUUGAAAUUACACAGAGCUAACAAAUCCUUGGUCUAUUCUAAAAUAACUGAGGUAUCACCUCACGCCUAUCAGCUUGGCCAAUAUGGCAGUAAAGGAAAGUGAUAAAUGUUGGAAGGGAAUGUGAAAACUGGAACACUAAUACAUUGUUAAUGGAGUUGUGAACUGAUCCAAUCAUUCUGGAGGGCAAUUUGAAACUAUUCUCAAAGUAUUAUAAAAUUACACAUAUUCUUUAAUGGUUUAUAUAAAUCACAAAAAAAGGAUAAAGGAUCUACUAGUACAAAAAUGUUUAUAUAUAUAUAUAUAUAUUUUUUUUUUUUGUGGUAGCAAGGAAUGAAAUUAAGAGAAUGUCUAUCAAUUUGGGAAUGGUUGAACAAAUGUGGUUUACAUUGGUGAUGGAAUACUCUUGUAGUAUUAAAAAUGAUGAGCAGGAUUAUUUCAGAAAGAGCUGGAAAUACCCAAAUGAAGUGACGCAGAGUGAAAUAAACAGAACCAGGAGAACACUGUACACGUUAACAGCAAUACUGUAUGAUAAUUAAUUGAGAGACUUGGCUUUUCUCAACAAUACAAUAAUCCAGGAUAAUUCGAAGUAUUUAUAACAAAGAAUGCUAUCCACCUCAAGAGAACGAACUGCUGGAGUCAGAUGCAGAUCAAAACAUACUAUUUUUCACAUUAGUUUAUUUACAGUUUAUUUUGGGAGUUUGGUUUUAUAGGAGUAUUCUGUCACAAUGGCCAAUAUGGAAUUAUAUUUUGCUUGACAACAAUAGCCCAUAUCAAAUUGCCUACCAUCUCUGAGAGGGGGAAGGGGGAAAAGGGAGGGAGGAAAUUUGGAUUUUAUAAUUUCAGAAAAUGUGUAUUGAAAAUUUUUAUUACAUACAAUUGGGAGAAUAAAAUAUCUUUGAGUAAGGAAAAAAAGAAAGUAUAGAGGCAACUAGAGCAGGGAAACAGAAUAGAAAAACUAGCUGUGAAUGGAAUUGAGUCCUUAAAAUGGGAGCAGAGGCAGUUAUUAGGGAGGCAGUUUCUAUAAGUGAGGAACUCAAGAAAGAUGUGUUGAAGAAAUGUAGCAAGAAUAGGCUUAGGUAGCAAGUAUUAAGCCCAGAAAAUCCUAAGGAUGGGCAGAAACUAGGGAGUAAAGGGAACAAAAACAUUGCUUUAAACAAAUUUUCAUUUCAUUUUAUUUCAAAUUUAAGAACUAGAUUUGAGGGUCACUAUUCCACUGAGACAAGAGGAGAAAUUCAAAAGGAAUUCUUAACCCAUGGAGUUGGCAAAAGGGCAGGUAUGAUACAAGAUAUUUAAUCACUGCUAUUUACAGCUAAUGUCGAUGUUUUGUCCAGUAUUUCUCAUACCCUUGGAAGAGCCUCUGUGGCAAGGUUCUUGGCUCUGGUUUCUGCUUUAUUCCUUAACCCUUCCAGAGCAUUCUUGUCUGGUCUUAUCAGGAUCACAUAGCACUUGGGAAUAAAGAUGCAGCCCAGUAACCCAACACUGGAGGCCAAGAUGGCAAAAAUCUCCAUGGCUACCAUAGCUUUCCCCUUGGAACCCUGAUAUGUGGGGAGGAAGCAGAUCCACACACUGCAGAAGACCAACAUGCUGAAUGUGAUGAACUUGGCUUCAUUGAAGGUGUCAGGAAGGUUCCUGACUAAAAAAGCCACUAUGAAGCUGGCCAAGGCCAGGACACCCAUGUAGCCCAGGACACAAUAGAAAGCAAUUGAAGAGCCUUCCUUACAUUCAAUGAUGAUGUGACCAGGUUCAGAGUGUGGGUCUGUACCUAGGAAUGGGGGCAAAAUUCCCAGCCAGAUCCCACAGAGAAUCACUUGGAUCCCAGAGCAUAUGAGGACAAGAGAAUUGGCCACGCUAGGCUGCACCCACAUCCUGAUCCUGCUCCCUGGUCUUGUGGCCUUGAAAGCCAGAACCACCAUGAUGGUUUUGGCCAAAAUAGAGGAAACUGCCACUGUGAACACAAUUCCAAAUGUUGUCUGCCGAAGAAGACAGGUUACUGUGGUGGGAUGGCCAAUGAAAAGCAAAGAACAGAGGAAGCAAAAGAUGAGAGAGAUGAGGAGAGUGUAGCUGAGAACCUUGUUGUUGGCUUUGACAAUGGGAGUAUCUUGAUGCUUUAUAAAGAGGAUGAGGAUCAGAAGUGUGAGGAGAGAAAAGGAAAUAGCCAUGCAGGUCAGUGUCCAUCCCAAAGGUUCUUCUACACUGAGGAAGGUCACUGCCUUUGGGAGGCACCCAUCUUUCCCUCUGUUUGGAUACUGAUCUUCUGGGCACUUCAUACAACUGUCCAUAUCUGCAAUUUAGUAACCAAUGAGCAAAUUAUUAACUGCAUUCAAGACCCUAUACAAGACAGUGGAGACAUAAAAUAAAAUUUUUAAAUGUGACAUUCCCUGCCCACCAGGAUCAUAUGUUUACUUUACUUCUGAUAUGCAACAUAUAUGCAAAUGAGCCAACUCAAGUGAUUUGAUGAGGGAAAGAGAACCAAAUGGGGAAGGUUUAGUGAAAGGAAGAUUACAUGUACCUUGAAGGCAUAUAAGAAUAUCAAAAGGGGAAAAUGGGAGGUUUCGUGUUCCAAGCAUGAGGACAGCCUUGGGAACGUCACAGAGGCAAGGGAUAGAAUGUGAAAUGUGGAGCACAUCCUGUUUAGAUGGAAAAGAGAUCCCAUGAAUAAGUCCACUAUGAUAUGCCUUCAGAGCAGUUUGGAUGUGAAUUGUACAAGAACUUUGGAUGUUAAACUAAGAGUUUAUCCUAGACCUAAUAAUGAAAUGUUGAUCAGGAAAUAAAUGACAUAAUGAAAAUUGUGACUUAGGAAAAUUAGUUUAGCAGCUUUGGAGAGGGUGAACUUGAAGGAGAGAAUAGAAAGACCAAUUAGGACAUAUUACCAAGACCAAGUAAAAAGUAAGAAAAGCUUGAGUUAGAAUUAUAGCUACACAAUUUGGAAUUGUGCCCCACGGUCUAUUAAACAAUGCAUACCCUUUGCUCCAGUAAUAACACAACUAGAUCUGUACUCCAAAGAGAUGGAAAAAGAGAGGGAAGGACCUACCUGUACAAAAAUAUUUAUAGCAGCUCUUUUUGUGGUGGCAAAGAAUUGGAAAUUGAAAGGAUGUCAAUCAAUUGGGAAACAAAUUGUGGUAUAUAUUGGUAAUGAAAUAUUAGUAUGCUGUAAAAAAAUGAUAAACAGGAUGAUUUCAGAAAAAAACUGGAAAGACCUACAUGAACUGAUGUAGUAUGAAAUAAACAGUACAAAAUUGUACACUGUAACAACAAUAUUGUGGAAUGUGUAUAGUUAGAAAUUCUUGAACCUUUAAAACUAUAUUACCCUAAAUACCUUUCUAUAUUACCUAGAAUCCUUUUCUCCUUGUGCACAAUUGAGUCUUCAUGUAAUUGUUUAAAAGCUCUGUAACUCCUCCCCCUGUCUCUCUUCUCUUGUGACCAGGCUGGUUUGGGUAGCUUUUACUCUAGUUAUUGUUAAUAAAAUUUAAAAAUAUAAUA